AUGUUACGCUUUCCCCUGUUAGUUCCUGCGAUACGCCACUUUUCGGUGUCCUCCUUUGCCCCUAUUGGUGCUAGCACUCGGCUCUUGAAAAUUGCCUCGCAAAAUGCUCUGGUUGCUGCCGAAAAGGAAAAACUCAAAAAACUCCGAACCAAACUUUCCAAAGAAAAAAAGACGUUUGCUGAACUUAAAAAGAAGCUUGCCGCCGAAACAAAGUUAGAGAAGCAGCGCAAGAAGAAGCUUGCCGAAAAAGAGAAGGCAUUGAGUCAAUCCCAGAGAUCUAAGGCUGCUAAGGAAAGGGAGCAAGCCAAGAAAGAAGAACUUAAACACAAGAAACUCGUAGAAAAGGCCACCAAACCUUAUCGUCGUAUUACUGCGUUCAACAUGUAUGUCAAGGAGAGAACAUCCGGGUCUGGACCUGUUUCGCUUGCUGACGUUUCUCGCGAAUGGAAGCAAUUGGACCAAAGUACCCACGACCAGUACCAGGAUAAGGCUGAUGAAUUCAACGAAAAAAUGCUUAGUAUCUACACCCCCAAGCCCAAGGCACCCGCCUCGGCUUACGCCAGCUUUGUCAAGGAAAAUUACGUUAACGAUGGCCGUGAUUUUGCCGACAUAAACCGUUCUUUGGCCCAGCAAUGGAAGAACUUGUCUGCUGAAGAACGUGCUUCUUAUGAGCCUUCGACCGCAGAUAAGGAGAGGUUUAGUUCCGAGAUCCAACAGUGGACCGAGAACAGAAUCAAAUUGUACAAGGAGUCGAAGAAUUGA